AUGACCAGCGAGGAAGGAGAAGUUUGGUGCAUCACAGCAAGUGAUGAUGAUGAAAACUAUGGACCAGUAAAAGGGGUGUGGGAGCCUACUAUUGAGGAUAUAGUAACAUUGUAUGAAAGGCUCGUGAAAGAUGAAGUUUUAGAACUUGAGUGGAUCUCACCUGGAAGGAGACCACCAGAAAAAGAAAAGGAAGCAGUUGAUGAUGUUUCACAGGAGCCUGAUACACCACAAGAAACGCCUACGAAAGAGGAACCUGUGGCUCCCACAGAGUUUGAUUUUGAUGACACACAAACAGAGGCUGCAAAAGUUACACCAAAAUGGACUCCAGGAAGUGGAAAGACUCCAAGGCCUCAAAAGAGGGUAGCCUCUUUGGAUAAAAUUCUCAGUGACAUUCGUCAAGAGAAAAAGAAAGAGACUGGUUUAAGGAGGAGUCCAUCAUCUACUCCUCAAAGACCUGGACCAAAACUAACUCCUAAAAAAGACCCAUUUGCUUUUUAA